GACUCAUAGUUGGGGUGAUCUUGAGAUAUGGGACUCCUUCUACCAGCGGCCAUGACAAGCCGUUCAGUUGCUCGCAGGAGGACAGGCCGUUUACAACCCUGCUGGUCAACGUCAGCGGGAAGUUCUUUGAGUACACGCUGAAAGGGGAAAUCAGCCCUGGGAAGAUCCACAACGUGGAGCAGAAUGACAUGCUACGCAAGGUAACGUUUGACCCAGAAGUUUUUUUCAACAUUCUGUUGCCUCCUAUUAUUUUUCACGCUGGCUAUAGCCUGAAGAAAAGACAUUUUUUCAGGAAUUUGGGGUCCAUUUUGGCUUAUGCCUUUUUAGGAACAGCCGUCUCCUGUUUUAUCAUUGGGAAUCUCAUGUAUGGGGUUGUGAAACUAAUGAAGUUGGUGGGUCAGCUCUCUGAUAAAUUCUAUUAUACAGACUGCCUCCUCUUUGGAGCGAUAAUAUCUGCCACUGAUCCAGUUACCGUGCUAGCAAUAUUUAAUGAGCUGCAUGCUGAUGUCGAUCUCUAUGCCCUUCUGUUUGGGGAGAGCGUGUUGAAUGACGCUGUUGCCAUUGUAUUAUCUUCAUCUAUAGUUGCCUACCAGCCAACAGGUGAAAAUACCCAUGCUUUUGAUGCAGCAGCGUUUUUCAAGUCCGUUGGUGUUUUCCUGGGAAUAUUCAGUGGUUCUUUCAUGAUGGGAGCAGUGACGGGGGUUGUGACAGCUCUGGUGACAAAGUUUACCAAAUUGCACUGCUUCCCCCUGCUGGAAACGGCUCUCUUCUUCUUGAUGUCCUGGAGCACUUUCUUGCUUGCAGAAGCUUGUGGAUUUACUGGUGUGGUGGCUGUCCUCUUCUGUGGAAUAACCCAGGCGCAUUAUACGUACAAUAACUUGUCAGUUGAAUCAAGAAGUCGCACUAAACAGCUCUUUGAGGUAUUGCACUUCCUGGCUGAGAACUUCAUAUUUUCUUAUAUGGGUUUGGCACUGUUUACAUUCCAGAAACAUAUAUUCAGCCCAGUUUUCAUCAUUGGAGCUUUUAUUGCGAUCUUUCUGGGCAGAGCUGCACACAUCUACCCUCUCUCCUUCUUGUUGAAUCUGGGCAGAAGGCAUAAGAUCAGCUGGAACUUUCAGCACAUGAUGAUGUUUUCAGGUCUCAGGGGAGCAAUGGCAUUUGCUUUGGCUAUACGAGAUACUGCUACCUACUCACAUCAAAUGAUGUUCUCAACAACUCUCCUCAUCGUCUUUUUCACUGUGUGGAUUGUCGGCGGAGGUACAACUCCUAUGCUGUCAUGGCUGAACAUCAGAGUUGGUGACCAUGUUCCAUCGGUGGAAGAGAUGAGUGAAAGCCGCUGGCUGUAUUUCAGGGUUGGGGUUGACCCAGAUCAGGAUCCUCCACCUACUAAUGACAGCUUUCAAGUCUUACAAGGAGAUGGCCCAGAUUCUGAAAGACGGAACAGGACAAAGCAGGAAAGUGCUUGGCUUUUCAGGCUAUGGUAUAGCUUUGACCAUAAUUAUUUAAAGCCAAUUCUCACCCACAGUGGCCCUCCGUUAACCACAACUCUACCCAGCUGGUGUGGCCUGAUAGCCCGCUGUCUGACAAGUCCCCAGGUUUAUGAUAAUCAAGAGCAGCUUAGAGAAGAGGAUUCUGAUUUUAUUCUGAAUGAUGGUGACCUUACUGUGACAUACGGCGAUACAACAAUAACUGCAAAUGGUUCUUCUGGCCCCCAUACAGCUACCACUAGCCUUGAUGGCAGGAGAACAAAAAGUAGUUCAGAGGAAGCACUGGAACGUGAUUUGGGAGCAGCGGAUCAUGAAGUUACAAGCAGGGGCACCCGGCUAGUAUUUCCUCUGGAAGACAAUGCAUGAUCACUGACUCAGUAAAAAUAACUCUUGCUCUGUGGAUGGAUCAAGGAAGGCUGCAGGCCACUGUGUCACUGGAGGUGGGGAUGUUUAUUUAAACAAGUUAACAUGUAUGUGGUUUUACUAAGGUCUGAAGAUGUCACCUAUUUUUUACUCAAGAUGCUGACAGUGGGGUUUUCUAAAUGUCUGAAAACAGACGAAUGAGAAAACUGGUCCUUCUCCUCUUUUCAACUGCAUAUUGAGUCCAAGUAUACCUAGCAUGCUGCAAUUGUCUUGUUCAGCUGCAGCAGCUCUCUCUGAAGAGAGAGAAAAAUUUGUGAUAGAACUGAGCUUGUCUUGGCUUAGCUUGGGAAUGUGGAAGAAGAAAUAUAAACAUGAUGAUGAUUAUGAGAUAAAAAAGGGGGUGUGUGUAUCUGAAUGUGGAGAGAUCCGUUGUUAACUUCUCU